AUGGAUGCCCCGGGCUCCACGGAAUCUGGGCCCGCGGUGCGAGGUGGCCCUGCUGGGCCACCUGCUCCUUCCACGGCAUCGGGCUCCGACGCGACUGCGCGGGUGCAGAAUGUGCCACCGGCCGCUGUUGCAUUGCAAGCAAGCCUGGCUUCAAGCACGGUGGCGUGCCCGGCCUCUCUCAGCAUCAGGGCACGUGCCACCACAGCAGGCUUCAUGUUCUCAGCUCGACGUGCAAAGCAGCCGGGACAUAAGCGAAGUAGCUAUGCAGGCAUUGUAGCAAUGCUGGACGACUUCUUUCCAGUCAGCUGCGUGUUGAGGAAACAUGGCUGCUGGCCCAAGAAGCGACGGAAAACUGCGUGA